AGACCGAAGCCGGGGUGCGGGCGGCUCCGCGGCUGCGCGGGCUGCGGGCGGCGCGUGCUGGCGGCGGCGGCGCAGUCCCGGCCCCGCGCCCGCGGCGCCCCCGCUGCGGCCGGAGCGGCCUGGCUGCGGGAUCCGUGCGCAGCGAUGGUGCUGCCUCCCCGGCAGCGCCCGGGGUCCUGGGCGCCGCUGCUCUGGCUGCUGCUCGCCGGGCCCGCCGCCUGCGCUGCCAGCCCCGCGGACGACGGCGCGGGCCCUGGGGGCCGGGGACCCCGGGGCCGCGCGCGGGGGGACGCGGGCGCAGACGAAGCGGUGCCGCGCCACGACUCCUCCUACGGCACCUUCGCCGGGGAGUUCUACGACCUGCGCUACCUGUCCGAGGAGGGUUACCCUUUCCCUACUGCUCCUCCUGUGGACCCAUUUGCCAAAAUCAAAGUGGAUGACUGUGGAAAAACUAAGGGAUGCUUUAGGUAUGGGAAACCAGGCUGUAAUGCAGAGACCUGUGACUACUUCCUCAGCUACCGGAUGAUUGGGGCCGACGUGGAAUUUGAACUGAGUGCAGAUACUGAUGGUUGGGUAGCAGUUGGAUUCUCUUCAGACAAGAAAAUGGGUGGUGACGACGUCAUGGCCUGUGUCCAUGACGACAACGGCAGGGUCCGCAUCCAGCACUUCUAUAAUGUGGGCCAGUGGGCAAAAGAAAUCCAGAGAAAUCCUGCCAGAGAUGAAGAAGGAGUUUUUGAGAACAAUCGGGUCACCUGCAGAUUUAAACGCCCCGUAAAUGUUCCCAGAGAUGAAACAAUUGUCGAUCUGCAUUUGAGUUGGUAUUAUCUGUUUGCAUGGGGUCCAGCCAUUCAGGGCUCUAUCACCCGACAUGAUAUAGACUCACCGCCCACUUCAGAGCGUGUUGUGAGUAUUUACAAGUAUGAAGACAUUUUCAUGCCAUCUGCUGCCUAUCAGACCUUCUCCUCUCCGUUUUGUUUGCUUCUCAUUGUUGCCCUGACUUUCUACUUACUGAUGGGAACCCCUUAACUACAGCCACGAAGCCAACGCAUUAUGGAUGAGAAAAGUCUUUGGUAUAAAGUAUUUUUAAAGAAUAUGCAGUAUAAUUUCAACUUCUAUUAUUCAAAAAAAAAAAAGACUCAUACAUUUUCAGUUUUUUUGGAAGAAAAGGCAGGCUUCUUUUCUCAUCUAAGAAGAUGUUUAAUAAUGAUGCCAUACUUUUGGAAUAUGCUUUAAACUUUUCUAAGCACUUUCAAAUGUGUUUUCUUAUGUGAACUCACACCAUUUCUGAGUUGGCAUCUUAAUGGGAUUUGAGACCCAGGAGAACUGUCUUUUUUAUGAGCACAUGCUAAUUAGCCUUGGCUACACCAUCGGAUAAUGCCGAGGGCAGAGAAAGAGCAAGGUGUAGAAAUCAUGGCUCUAGAUAACCUUCACUCUUCCAAUCACACCACCAAGAGAGUUAUUUGGUGAAUUGCUAAGAAGAAUGUCACUGGAUAGCCUGGAUAUCCCUAAGUGCACAAUCUUUUAGGCAGAAGAUCUUUCAAAAUCUAUGAACCAUAAAUGCUUUUGGCUAUUUACACAGUGAUAGGGAGAAUGGGAGAAACUACAAUGAUGUGGAAAUAGUUCAUAUUUAUUUGAAAUGAGAAAACCUUUUUUAAUGCUGUUUGGAAAAGGUAGAAAUGAAAUUGUGAGUGUUGCUGAAAAUGUAAAAUUAGAUUAAUGAUAAAAACAUGGGCCUAUUUUAGCAGUUAGAAUGUGGAUUCUUCUACCACUAUAUUUUAUAAACCAAGGUAUUCACCCAUGGUGACAGCUAAUUCUGUUGUCACAGUCAGCAUACACUAAAUAUUAUUAAAUACAUAUUAUAAUAGGCAAAUCACCUUAAUAAAAGUUUAAGUCAUUUUGAUAGCAAAUAAACAUUUUUGGAAAUUUGGAGUAGAAACUUUUUAAAGAUGAGGCUUUUUUCCUCUUAAUUAGAAAAUGGGAAGUGACCCUUAAAGUGAAUUCAUAUCAAGUGAGUAUCCAUUCAAAGUGUUCAGUCAUUGAUCAUAAUGACUUGACCUCAUGCAUUUUCUUUUUUAAAGGAACCCAGGUGUUCCUGUGUUCCAAUGUCUGCGCUAACAGCUCAUUUAAAGGAAAAAAGCCUAUGGGCAUAGUCACACACAUUGUAGAGUUCCAGAGUCAUCUUGCUUGCUCCCAGUGCUUUUACACUGGCUUCAACUUGGAGGUUUUGUUAUUAAACAUCACUGGAGGCUGAUUUCUAAUACCAACCUUGGAAUUCAUGCGGGGUGACCGUCCUCCUGUGGGAAGAACGUUCAUAUUCUUCUGGAAUUAAACAAAAAUAAUAAAAUAAGGAAACAAGGCAAUAGGUAAACAUUGAGUGUGACAUUGCACAGUUGACUGAGAGCAUCUGAGUGAAGCAGGAGAAAUAAUCCUCAUUGCAGAUGCAGAGAAGUUACCUAACAUCAGGUGAGCAAUGGUACUGAGAGGACACGAGCCACCUGGUUCAGGUCUCCACCUGACCAUCAUGGCCGGGUAACUCAGCCUUCCAGUCAUGGCUGAGGAUGGUCGGUGAAGCCCCUUCUAGGCUAGAGUGGUUGUUCAGGAGUGAGGAUACUGAGUAUGCAGGCACCCACAUUGUAAAUAAGAAAGGAAAUAUUUUUAUAUUUCACUCUUUGUGUACAAUAUUUCAGGUAUAAAUAGGCUAAAAGUAAAGAGAAACUUCAGCUUGUCUCUUUUGCAGGCAGGGAAGGAAUAAAUGAAUGAAAUUUUCUUUCUGCUUACUUUUCACGUACAUUUCAAGUCAAGCUAAUUUUUUCACCAAUUGUUUCUAUUCCGAUUACCCGUUUUGCAUAUUUGUGCUUAGAAUUUUCAAUUACUUCUUUUUGCCAUUAAGGUAAAAUGCAAACUAUUUUCAUCACCUCCAAUAUCAUCUUUUGACACCGCUGCUCAUUUUUUAUGUCCCAGCAAAACAAUUGCUCUCGGUUCUUUGAACCUGCUUUCUCACCUCUCGCGGUGUUCCUUGUGCCCAGACACUGCACACUAACUGCUUGCUGAACUCCAACUAAUCAUUCAGAUCACAGCUUACCUAUUUCUUCCUCCAACCCCCUGGACAGGGUAGGUUUUAGGUCUCUGGCAAAUGUUCCCAUAGCACACUGGAUAUCCCUAUCCUGUUACUCAUCACACUUUACUGUCACUGGUAAAUCAUUCUCCCUGCUAACUCCCUAAACAGGAACCUUUUCUUCUUACCCAUCACUGUAACAUAUACUACCACCUAGUAAGUGAUGUCAACUUGGUGAGGUGUUGGGUUCAGAGAGUGGGGUCCUUGGAUUACCUCUGAUAAAUUUCAUUAGAGUUCCCCUUGCAGCAGCACAUGAUGAGUUUCCCUGUGAGGCAAAAACUUUUGUUUAUAUCCAAAAGGGCAGGCUUAUUAUUUAAAAAAAAAAAAAAAAAGGAAAGGAGAAGACACUUGUACAGACACAAGUGGGCAGAAAGAACUGCCUCUAAAAGGGACAGGUUUGUUAAAAGAGAUGCCUACAUAGUCACAGGUGGGCAGGAGAGCUAUGUUUGGAAGGGACGGGCAUGUUCUAAUGUAAUCUUUCCGUGGGGAAGGUGUUCCUUUCUAUGUGGAAUUGUUAACUGUUAGGUUAAUUACUUCUAUGGCAUGACUAGAUAGGUCUGAAGAGGAUGGUGAUUCUCCAUAAUGGUCCUUAAUCUAUAUUCCUUCAUCUCUGUUUCACACCUGUGGGUGUUUUCUAAAGCAGCCUUUUACACUGGCCAAAAGUUCCACAUCCUCUCUUCCCAGCCAGGCCUAAAGAUUUUUCAUUUCUAUAGCUAGUUAUUUGAUGAUCUAAAUCAUCUUUACCCUCACUUCCAGUUUCCGGUCUUGUCAUGCCACCUUUCCAAAUUUUCUACUCUAAACCUUGGUCAGUGAGGACUCAAGAAAACAUCUGUUCAAUGAAUAGAGAAAUGAAACUACCUGUAUGUCAAGUUUGUUUUGUUCAGAAGGAUUGUGUUUCAUAUACACUGCCAGACUGGGCAACUUUUUAUACUCUUUCACCUCUGAUCAAGCCAUAGCCAUUCCUUUAGCAAAUACUGAGCUCUGACUUUUGAAACAUAAACGGGAAGAUCAUUAGUAAUGAUGCUGUCUAGUUUUGUAAAACAUAGCUGACAUUUUUAAUAUCAUUGCUCAGAAAUAGGAAUUAACAGACCGUGGAUGCAGAAUAGCAUUUGACCAUGUCAGAGAAUCAUCAGUUUAUAGACAUGCUAAUGAUGUUAAAAUCUGUAGACUUCAAUUUUAUUCAUUCUUACUCAAUAUAAGAGAAUCAACUUCUAUUUUAUCUCUGUAUUCCAUUUUCUAACAAUGUACUUGUUACAGGGAGAUGCCAAUCAGAGUAUUUUUGUAAAAUGCCCAAAUGGAGUAAUGCUACUAGCUAAAUGCAUUCAGUGCUGUUCUAAGCACAUUACAUGGAUUAACUCACUUAAUCCUCAUGACAACCCUAAGAAGUACAUUCUAUAAUUCCAUUUCAUAGAUGAAGUAACUGAGGCAAGUCAUUUAGCAUAAAUUACCACUGCUGGUAAGUUUGUAGAGACCAUUUUAUCCAAUGCCCUUAUUUUAAAAGGGGGCAGCUGAGACUUACGGAGGUGAUAUGGUUACCCAUACAUUCAUGUCUUCAUGCACAUUCAUUAAAAGGAACCCAUUAUUCACAUUCAAAUUAGUUCCCUUCCCCUUUAGUAAUUAAUUUACAAUAAAUAAGGGGACUGUUUAUAGUUAUAUUUAGGGAAAGGGACACAUUUCACUUGCUAUCAACUUUCUUCUCAAAAACAUUUUAAUUACUUUACCAGGCAUUUUCGUGCUUUCAAUAUUUUUUUUUUCUCCCAAUAGACAGAGUGAAUAAGCCGGGAAGGAUGUAUUUGUCUUAGUUAAUUCUUAAAAGUGACCUGCCUGAAACCCAGGCCCUCUAAUGUGGAACCCAGCGCAUUCUUGUUACUCCACUGUGGUGUCAAAGAUAAGCUUAUAAGUAUGAUUUUAGACAAAGUACAGGAACAAUAUCUAAUUAUCUGAAGUUGGCUUUUGUCAUUAAGGAAAUCAGAAAGUUUGGACAACUCAGGGGUGGAUUUCCAUCCCAGAUGGUUUUCACUACUUGUUCUGUAAUUAAGCUUAUUGUCUGUGUUCAGGUACCGACAUUACCUUAGAGGCUGGGAGUGAAUCUUGGUUCCGGCCAAGGGGUCAACAAACUUUUUUUGUAAAGGGUCAGAUGACAAAUAUUUUAGCCUUUGUAGUUUCUGUUCCAGCUGUUCUGUUGUAGACAAUAUAUAAACCAACAAGCAUGGCUUUGUUCCAAUAAAAUUUAAUUGACUUUGAAAUUUAAAUUUCAUACAAUUUUCAUGGGUCACAAAUAUUCUUCUUUUGAUUAUUUUUAUAAAAUCUUUUUCAAGGGUAUGAAUAAUUCUUUGGCUUCACAGGCAGCAGGCUGGUUUGUUCUGUGGACUUACUCUUCUUUUUUAUUUUUUAAAGAUUUAUUUAUUUAUGCAUACAAGAACUGGGGUAUAGGCCAGAGUUGUGGGGGGGUGAGAGGAUUCAUCAGAGACAGAAUGGGGAGCAGAACAGGCAGAUUAACUGAAAUACACUGCUGAGGGGAGCAGUGGGCGAGACAGGAGAGGUCUGUUGCGCCAUGUGGAUCACCUCCCCAGCGGGGGAUAGAACUCAUCCUGCAGAGGCUGUGGACAGCCUCAGAGUGCUGCGUCUUAACCCCCUUGCACCACCAGGGACGCCCCGUGGACUUAUUCUUGACCAAGGAACCAUCAGGAAUUUGUUACAGGAAAUUAGUACUUUAUAAAUAAAUUAGAGUUAAUUUAUUUUUCUUUUGAUAACGGCAUUCCCAGGUAGUUACCAUCUAGUAUAUUUUUCUGAUGCCGAUGCAAAACAAGCACAGUAAAGUCAGAGCUGGCUAGGCAACAGUUUUGUUUCACAUAAACUGUGGCCACGGUGAAUAUCUUUUACCACUGUGCUGCUCAUUAUGGUGGAGAUUAUAAUAUUUCUGAGUAAUUUAUUUCCCUGUUAGACAUUUUUUUAAAGUUUUAUUGAAAUCUGCUACACUAUGGGGGUGUUUUGCACAUGUGACUAUGGUUUCUGCCUGUGUAUUGUAUUGGAAAACUGAAGGCCCCUGCAAUAGGUCCAAUGCUGAGAUGUGUAUACUUUGCUGUAUAUAAUUGUAUGUCCUGGUUCUCUAAACAGAAUUGGUUAUGUUUAGUGAAUAUUUUGAUCACUCUCAUGUGCUUGUACAUAUAUGUAUAUUUGUAUAUACAUGAUGAGGCGUGUAUUUAUACAUGGGUGUCUAUAUGUAUAUACCAUGACCAUUUGACGGUCUUUGUUGGGACUGUUUCUGUUUCUGAUAUUUUGAAACUUUAAAACCCAAGAGAAAAAGAAACUUGUGCGUGUUACAGGCAAAACCACUCUUGAGUUUAUAUAAUUUAGUUUGUAGAAAGGAUUCCUGGAUCCUUCACAAAGCCUUGCCUCCUCCAUUUGACAUUAAUGAGUUGUUAAGGACGGAUUAAGUGUCACUGUUGGAUUUGACUUUUCUAUACUGUUAGUUAAGAAACUGAGGCUAGUGUUCACUGAGUAAGUGGCAUGUUGAUGCAACCUGUAUAUGUUUUGUGUUUAAUUAGAUUUCUUAGUUAUUCAAUUUUUAGUUUCAAGUUGGACUUUGUUGUUUUAUAUUUAAUAGAUGACUUAAGUAUCAAUUCUUUUUCAUGAAAAUAGUGGCUAUGCUAAUGUGAUUUUAGAUAACUGAAAAUUUAAGCAAAUCAUCAAGCUCUUUGGGAUUUUUCACUUAAAAUUUACUGAUGCUUGACUAAUAUUUUCAGUUUCCCCCUGGAUAGUUGCUGUUAGGUAAAUAGCUGUUCAGUUCCAUCCUUCUAGAGAGGAAGUGGUUCUCUAGGGUUAUGGGGGGCUGCGGUGGUUGUGACUUUCAUCCAGGUCACUGGAGCAGUUACCAUUUCAUCACAUAGAAUGUCCUGGUCACCUGGAAGUGUGAGUGCAGCUUCUUCACAUGCCUUAUUCCCACAGAUGUGCUGAUAUGCUGGAACAAUCUGACUCCAGGAGUAUUGAUAUACUUUUUUGAGACUGCAAAAUACUAUUUUAUAAAAACAAUGCCUUUAAAUAGACAUUGAUGGGUUAUAUUUGUUUUAUAAUAAUUGUGUAAGUAAUGUUCAAUUGUGAUUGAUUUUGAGAAUUAUGUAUAUUUAUAAGCCUGUACUGUGUGAAUUUUUACUCUAAGAUAUGUGGUACCUUACUAAUAAAGAUACACAUUUCUAUUUACAUAAAAUAAUCACAGCAAUAUUCUUAGAUUUUACCUAAAUGAUCAUUCUGUCCAUUUGCCAUCACAAAUACUUUUACCUAUAGAGGAUUAUG